UGGCUUCCAGAUCCUAAUACAAAGUUAAAAGUAAUAUUUUUAAAUGGAGUUUUAGAAUUAUUUAGGGUGUACAUUGGGAUUUAAUUUGGAAACAAUUUACCUAAACUGUUAAUAAAUGGUUGACUCACAAAUUGAUUGAGUUUUCGUGUGUUUGAUUAUCCAAUAUACGUAAAAAACAUCACAAAUGUCAUCAAAAUCUAAAGUAGUUAUUGCUCCUGGAGCUGUCAUUUGUAAGGAGUGUGAAUUGCGUGGAGAGAUUUCUAUUGGUAGUAGAACUGUUAUACAUCCAAAAGCUCGAAUUGUAGCUGAAGCAGGCCCAAUAAUUAUUGGAGAAAAUAAUUUAAUAGAGGAACAAGUUCAGAUAUUAAAUGUCAACAAAGAAAAUGCAAACCCUGACGCACAAACUGUUAUGGUGAUAGGAGCAAAUAAUGUUUUUGAAGUUGGUGCCUAUGUAGAAUCUUUGAAAAUUGGUGAUAAUAAUGUUCUAGAAUCCAAAUGCAAAGUUGGACGCUAUACUGAACUAACAUCUGGUUGUGUUAUUGGUGCAAAAUGCGAUAUAUCAUGUAAUGAAACUAUUACAGAAAAUACUGUUAUUUAUGGAUCCAAUUGUGAAAGACGUUUCCAAGCUGAAAAGCCAGCACCUCAAACAUUGCAGAUAGAAUUCUUAACGAAAAUUCUUCCCAAUUACCAUCAUCUUCGAAAACCAACUCAACCAAAAGCAGCUACAUAGAGUUAUUGGAGAAGAAGAUACCUUAAGUAAUUUCCUCGGUAAAAAAUAAGAAAGAUAGAGAAAAAAUCAUUAAUUUCUUAUAAAAGUGUUUUUUUUUUUUUUUUUUUUUUUGGCAAUAAUGGAAGAAAAUAGUUGUGAACUGUUUAAACGUUGUGUACAAAACCAUUGUGUGCUGAAUACAAACCAUAUAUAUAAUAGUCAUAGUAUGAUGACUAUUAUGUGUGUGGCCAGAUCAAAAUUUCUAUGAAAAUAAACAAUAAGAAUUGGUGAAAAAUAAUUUGCUUGCAAGUUAUAAACUAUUAAAUAUGUUAAAUAAUAGUGUGCUUUGCAUAACAUUGUGGCAGUAUUAUGUAAUAAACUUAGUCAGAGAUCCUGAAUCACUGAUGUGGCGAGCCACGGAAAACUGAGGCUGGUCCUCAGUUUUUUACCAGUCCACAUUUUUUAAAGAAUAUUAAAAAAGCAAUAAUAAUAAUUGCUUAUCUUAAGAUUUAAAUAUUGUUUUUGAUAAAUGAUGUUAAAAAUUUUUUUACUUUUUUUUUUUUUUCAAUAGUAAGGUUUGAGGGGGGGAAAUAUCAUAUACAUGAAAAUUUUAGCCAAUUAUAGUGUUUCAUGAGGCAAAAAAUCUUGAGGAAUGCUAAGCUAUAUCACAUGAAUUUGAAAAAAGUAAACUUACGUUGAUUUCUUUAUGGCAGAGAAAUUCUAUUGAAUUUGAAUCUAGAUUUGUUGAAAAAUCUAACAUCGGUGAAUAAUGACAGCUAUUUAUUUUUGCAACAUUUUAUAAAGGGUUGAGUUGUGUAAAAUAUUUGUAGUUUUCUAUUU